AUGUGAUCAGUGUUCCCAGGCUUAUCUUCACUCUCCGACUCCAAUCCAUGUGGCAGAUAUUGUGUGUCACUUGUCCAAAACCCUGUCGCAAGAACAGUGACCGCGCUCCGGCAGCCGCCUCUCCUACCUCGCUCCACCGCACACGGGCCAUGGUUACUGGUAUGAGGGAGGCAGCACCUCAGGAGGGGCAGGGAGGAGGGAAAGGACAGCGAUGGGUGUAUUCAGGCUGAAGGGAGUGAUAAGGGCUAUAAGUGCAUGGAGGGACAUUGAGGAGGGAGAGUUGACGGGUGGGGGAUUCGCGCUGUAGGAGUGCUGCAUGUCAAAGCUGUUUAUUGUUUGUGAAUGAGGCAGAACGGUUCGGCCCAGGACCAGGCCCUUCGGCCCAUUGUCUGUGCUCAGCAUGAUGCCAAAUCAGUGUAAAUCCAUUCUGCUUGCACGUAAUCCGUGUCCCAGUCUCAGGCGUGUCUACCCCCACCCCCACACCACUGGCAGCCUGUUUCGGGCACCCGCCGGUCUCUGUGUGUAAAAGCCCGAGAAGAGUUUAUUCGAGAUAUACGCCUGGAAAGCACAAGAUCCUCUUCUGCACCCUCUUCAAAGCGCCCACACCCUUCCUGUCAUGCGAGACCAGAACUUCACACAAUACUCCGAGUGUCGCCUGACCGGUUUUAUACAAUGUGACUUAGAAUCAUUGAAAAAUACAGCACAGAAACAGGCCAUUUGACCCAUCAGGUCCGUGCUGAACCAUUUGAACUGCCUACUCCCAUCGACCUGCACCGGACCAUCGCCCUCCGUACCCCUCCCAUCCAUGUACCUAUCCAAACUUCCCUUAAACGUUAAAAUCGAGCUCUCAUGCAUUACUUGUGCUGGCAGCUCAUUCCACAAUCUCACGACCUUCCGAGUGAAGAAGUUUCCCUCAUGUUCCCCUUAAACUUUUCUCCUUUCAGCCUUAAUCCAUGACUGGUUGUAGUCACAUCCACUGCAGAAUCCACUCUCCUACUUACCACUCCGACUGAUGAACACACGCCUUCUCUGCCGCCCUGUCUACUUGAGAAACCAGUUUCAGGGAGCCUCGACCUGCACCCCGGGAUCCCUCUGUACAUUAUCGCUCUGACUGUUGAGUACACAUUUAAUGUAAGGCAUCGUUUGCCCACCACAGAAGUAAGUUUGCUAUCACUGACAUAAGAUGUGAAAUCUUUUUUUUUGCGGUAGCGGUAUAGUGCAAGGCAUAAAAGUCAUGAGAAGGUGCAAAAUAAAUACCUAAUUCAAAACGAGAUUUGAUGAGACUGUGUUCACGGACCGUUCAGGACGGGAAGAAACUGGGUAUAGUUGACCACAGGACUUCAGGUUCCACCUCCUCCCUGACGGUAGUAAUAAGAAGGGGGUAUGCCUCGGAUGGCGAGGGUCCUUGGUGAUUGCUGCCGCCUUCUUGUAGUGCCUCUUGGAAAUGCCCUCGGUGUUGGGGAGGGUUGUGCCCGUGAUGGAGUUGGCGGAACCUACGACCCUCCGCAGCCUCAUCUGAUGCUGCGCAUUAGAGCCGCCAGACCUCCGAGUGAAGUUUGGUGGCCGAUGUGCCGCCUUUGUGACUGUAGCAACGUGUUUGGUGUUGGAAAUGUUGCCCCGUGUCUUUGACCCAUCACUCACGUUCCUCUCCCGAACAAACUUAUGUUCAAUCCUUUCCCGACCCUCGCUGUGUAGCAGCGCACCCGAGCUAAUCCCAGAUAGGGUGGUGGACAGGAUUUGAACACCUCCUCUCUCCCUCAGAGACUCCUCCGUCACCGACCGCACCAGCCAUGACUCGGAACUUUAGUAAGGAGCCGUUGACCGUCUCGGGGGGAUUUCACAAGAAGUACAAAACCAAGGAGGUGAUUGGAAGAGGAGUGACCAGCAUGGUGCAGCGCUGCAUUCACCAGGCGACGGGCAAGGAGUACGCGGUGAAGGUGAUCGAGCUGUUCGCCGACAACCUGACUGCCGCUCAACUCUCCGAGGUUCGCCAGUCUACCCUGAACGAGGUCCAGAUCCUGCAGAUGGUGUCGGGCCACCGGAGCAUCAUCACACUCAUCGACUUCUUCAGCUCAGCCACCGUCGCCUUCCUGGUGUUCGACCUGAUGAAGCAAGGGGAGCUGUUUGACUACCUCACCAAGAAAGUUGCUCUAAAGGAGAGGGAGACCAGGGUAAUAAUGCAGGAGCUGCUCCAGGCGGUGGAGUACCUGCACAGCCGAAACGUGGUUCACCGUGACGUGAAGGCAGAAAACAUCCUGCUGGAUGAGGGGUUUCAUAUCCGCCUCUCUGACUUUGGAUUCUCCUGCUUCCUGCAACCCGGCCAGCGACUGAGAGAGCUCUGUGGGACCCCGAGCUACUUGGCACCAGAGAUACUGAAAUGUUCCAUGGAUGAAACACAUCCAGGGUACGGCAUGGAGGUUGACAUGUGGGCAUGUGGAGUCCUGAUGUUCACCAUCGUCUCCGGCUCCCCCCCCUUCUGGCACCGGAAACAGCUCACCAUGAUGCGCAACAUAAUGGAGGGCCGGUACCAGAUAAACUCGAGCGAGUGGCGAGACCGGUCCCAUGCCAUCAAGGAUCUGACCUUCCGGAUGUUGACAGUGGAUCCCAGCCUGCGGAUCACAGCAGAACAAGCCCUAUCCCAUCCCUUCUUCUACAGCUAUAAACUAGACGAGCGGCCUUUCACCUCCCUGCAGAAGUUCCGGGCGGUGGUGUGGGCGAUCGUGCUCUGCGCCCGGCUGUGGGAGAGCCAGCGACAACGCAGGCCUGAGCGCCAGAAGGAGCUUGUACAGGAUGCCUACCAGGUGAGAGUGGGCCACCGCCUCAUCGACGGCUGCGCCUUCCACCUCUAUGGUCACUGGGUGAAGCGAGGCCUGGCUCAGAACCGGGCAACUCUCUUCCAGCACACACCCCGCGCCCUGGCUGAGGAGGUUCACCUCAGUCACGACUCCUCCCUGCAGUGGCCCCAGGGUGAGUCAGAUGGAAGUUCAAACUGUGUCUGUCCCCAAGGGGUGUGUGAUGAGACAGCUUCACUGUGGAGAGAGAUUCACUCCGUGUCUGACCCUGGCAGUGUGUGAUGGGACAGUGUGGAGAGAAAUUCACUCUGUGUCUGACCCCGGGAGUGUCUGAUGGGACGGUGUGGAAGGAGCUUCACUCUGUGUCUGACCCCGGGAGUGUGUGAUGAGACGGUGUGGAGAGAGAUUCACUCUGUGUCUGACCCUGGGAGUGUGUGAUGGGACGGUGUGGAGGGAGUUUCACUCUGUGUCUGACCCCAGGAGUGUGUGAUGGGACGGUGUGGAGUGAGUUUCACUCUGUGUCUGACCCCGGGAGUGUGUGAUGGGAUGGUGAGGAGGGAGAUUCACUCUGUGUCUGACUCAGGAGUGUGUGAAGGGAUGGUGGAGGGGUGUGGGGCGGGAAGAUUCACUCUGUUCCUGACCAGGAGUACAUGAACUCCCUCUCACUCCCUCUCUCCCCAGCAUCCCCCCCUCCCAUACAGAUCACUGACCACGAUUGACUGCCCCAGUUGCUGGGCCUAGUUGGAAUGUGUUCUCCUCCGAGAAUCUACAGUCACAGAUCAGCGUGGACGUGUGGAGGAUGCUGGGUGGGGUGGGGAUGUGGCAGGGUGGUUGGGCCGAUACUGUGGCCAGACAGAUGGAUCGUCCCUCAGUCAGGGGUCUGUGCCUGGCAAUAGUUGCUGGGUCAGGGGGAUGGGAACAUGAACCUGGGGAAUGUGUACCUCCAACUUCCUAUCACCUCACCUCCUCCCACAACUCCUCCCCUCUCCCUGAAUUUCUUCCUCACCCUCUGCUCA